AUGACAACCAUCAUCCUGGACGCACUGCGGUCUCAUGACUUGCUCACACUGGUCUGUCGAUUCCAACGUGGUCUUAAUGGAGAUAUGCUCGUGUUUCAACCACUUCGUACUCUGGACCUCCUCCCGUCCGACCCCCUCCCUAUACUAUGUGUUAGCCAAGCUCAAUCCGCGCCCGGUGUUUUGCUGCCUCUCUUCACUCGAGUCGACGGUAUCCUGAUCCCGUGGCUGGCAGAGCACAGUCUCCAUCGGCUCGCGCUAGUUAUGGACGUCAUGCCGCAUAUGCGUCUCAUCCUGGUGCGUCAUGCAGUGUACUAUGGCCAUGUGCCAACACUCGAUCGAUUGCAAUCCGUUCGACCAGGUUUGUUCCGACCUCCUGGUGAGCGCAUGCUGUUGGCAAUUCUUGGGGGCUCCGUGCUGAGUGUGCAGUGGCUGCUGCGUCACGGCCAUCCCCUUCGCUACGACGCCGUGCAUAUGGCUGGAAGGUAUGGACACUUGACGCUUCUGCAGUACUUUGCAGCUCAACCCAGCAUUCACACACCAAGGCUGGCGUCCGAAGCCUUGGUUGCAGGAGCCAGACGAGGCUCUCUGAAGGUCGUGCAGUGGGCACUACCUCUCACCACCAGUGAGGUAUCUAUCCGCCAAGCCAUCACCUGCGCCAACCGUCACGGCCACUUGGCUGUUCUGGAGUUUUUCACCAGUGCGAUUGACUUCUCCUUUGCAGACAUUCCAUCGCUGGUCACUGCAGCGACUCGUCGUGGUCACUUGAAUCUCGUUCAGAACUGGUUCAACAAAGUAUCAACGUCUAUAACCCAAGACUUGCACGGGCAAUGUUUGCGUCUCGCCAUUAAAUUUGGCCACGCUGACAUCGCCAGCCAUUUCCUCUUGCACCGCCAUCCAGAGAAAAGCAUAGUGCACGACAUCCUCCAAGCCGCCAAAUUCGGGCACACGUCGAUGUUUGGCCUGUUGGACAUGACGUGGCAUGAUGUCGUGGAACCAGCCUUCUUUGUCGCUGCCAAGUGGGGACAACUGAACUUGGUGCAAUUCUUUGUGGAGCACAGUGAGCUUGACGUGAGUCUCGCGUGUCUCAUGACCGCCAGACUUCACGUCCAGCACAAGAAAGCUACGAUGGAAGCGUAUUUUGAUACAAUGCCCGCACAUUCCACCUUCUUUGAACUGCUUAUUGGACGCACCCUCGUGAUUCUGCAAGAGGAAUGA